AUGGCAGAGGAAAUCGUCCAGUUGUCAGAUACAGAAGGAGCGGAGUCAAUACCGGGAAAUGAUCAUGCUGUUAAUGCAGAGGGGAGACUUCAUGAUCAUGAAGAAAGUGAAAACACACAAUUUGAUGACGUAGCAUCUGAAGAGCAGCAAAAAAAGAAAGAAAAAGAGGUGGAUAAGAUGAUUGAAAGUGAUGAUAUUGAUAAGAUGAAAUUGGUGAGGCCAAACAUGUUGAAAGGACUAUCAACAAACAGUCUUGAAAAGGCUUUGGACUACAGCUCUAAGUUAACAGAAAAAGCCCAGCGUUCCAAAGUACAAGAAGAAGAAUUGCAAGCCAUUGCGAGUUCCAUGGAGGAGUACGCAUUCCAUCUGAUUGAACCUCUCAAGAAAGAUCAUAACAAAAAACAAAUAUUUAAACUCAAAUUUGAUCACAUCGCUGCUAAAGCAGUGUUGUUGAAGCAAAAGAAGUUUCUAGCUCAUCCGGUCAUGUAUGAACUUCUAAGAGAUUGUUGGAAAGGAAUUUUUCGGUCGGAGCGUUCCAAGUUCGGAUGGAUGUUGUUAUACUCCUGGACUCUUUUUGACGUGCUGCUGUUUCCUAUCAUUUACUUUAUUUUACACUUGAUUCAAGUGUUUGGACGUGUGUGGCCAAAAAGAGCCAAUGGUACCUAUAGAAAAAGCGAUUUCUAUGAAACCCUUUACCACGAACGUUUUAAGACGCCCUAUUUUAUUUUCGUACGGGACAUGCUAAGCUACUUUGCACUUCUGGUCCUCCAUUUUUUCUUGUGCUUCCAGCCUUCUACUCUUCACUUUAUUGUCGAGGAAUGGAUCAUCCUGAUUUUCUUCUUGGGCAGAUUUAUGAUGGAAGUUUACCAAGUUGUGAAUGGGUUUAAAAAUGUAAGGCAGACGUUCAGCAAUUAUCUAAGUGACUCGUGGAAUCGUCUAGAUGCCGUCACCCUAACAAUAUACGCCGUACUGCUUAUUCUACGAGUGAUCACGUGGUCUGUUCAUACUUCUAUUUCAAACAAUCCCCUACUGGUCGGAGCAGGAUAUCUUUAUGACAUAAAUUCCAUGCUGUUGACGUUACGCGUGUUUGGUCACAUCAUAGAGUUAAAGGCAAAAUUUGGGACCAUACAGAUAGCUUUGUUUCAAAUCACUGAAAAUAUUGUUGCAGUCUUUGGCCAGCUCUUGGCAGUUAUUAUUGCUUUUUCCCUUGCCAUUUCCAAGAUUCGUAUGACACAAAUUUCGUUUGAAGGGACACCAAGUACUGUCUUUCUCGAAAGUUGGUGGAGCAUAGCGAAGCAUCUUCUGUGGUCUUUUCUUCUAGAACCACAGGUACUUAUUGUACCAUAUGAGAGGACGAUCGUCUUCGUUCAGAUUCUUUAUGUGCUGUUUUUGAUCAUUGCCGUAGUGAUGCUGAUGAACAUGAUGAUUGCUAUUCUAACGAACACAUACCAGCGAGCUGAGCGCAAUGCUUUUCAAGAAUGGUCUUACAAAAAAGCAGCAACAAUACUCACCUAUUGCAACUAUCAUCCUGUACCUGUUCCAUUAAACAUCAUCUCGCUUACUUUUCUCCUGAUGCGGAAUUUUUAUAAGAAGAUUCGUUGCAGAAGCUCCACCGUCGAUAUUGAAAAAGACCCUAAAAAGGUAGCACUUGACAAUGACAUAAAGGGGACCGACUGGACCAUGUUGUAAAGCAGACGGAUGAAAACCGUCAUCUCAUUGGACACAUCGCAGAACGGUUAUUCACUCAUGGUCCCAACGGGAAUGAAGGCGCUGGAUCAGAUAGUAGGCAGAAAUGGGAUGUCAAAGGAAUUCAUAUUCUGGGCAACCGCUUGUCAUACGACUCGCGUGAAUGUCAUAAAAGUAGUGAUGCUCAUGAAGAAUAUCACGGGGCGAGGUAUCUUGCACCUUUAUCUCCAGAAAUGCCUGGCUUUGAGGUAGGAGCUCAGUAGUAUAGGGGAUGGGGGUUCCAGCGCAACGACAACCGGAGGAUUACCCGUCUAAAGUA